AGUAACGUAUGGCAUCAUUUUGAAAGAAGACAAGCGGCAAAUCUGACUCAAAUUCUGCCUUCGUCCGAGUCGUCCCAUGGACAGUGCACCAUGCAGCUGAGUGGACGUAACGUUAGAGAACACAUGGAGAGGAAGUUUGCUGUGGUGCAGUGGAGUGAAGGAGAGGAUUCUGGGAAACUGAGCGAAGUAAAAACUGAAACCAUAAGGGGUUAUGAUGAUUCCAAGAUGGACCAGCAUGGGAAUCCCAUUUCCACCUACUCUGCUGUGAUCGAAUGGCGCCAUGGGAAGAAACAGCGAGGAGGGUGGCCUCACUACAGAGGCACUGUUGUUUUUGUUAGCGCUACUCGUUUUGAGACAACCCGUAAACUUAACUUACUACUGAAGGAAGAUGAACCUGCAGCGCUGACCAAGAGGGUAUCAGUUUACCCAAAAAAAUAUCAGGAUGAUUCAAAUGACUCAACUGACACUGAGACUCAGAUCCUGACUCAGUCAUUGCAUGUCAAGAAGUCAAUGGACCUCACAAUGAAAGACCCUGCAGAAGAUUUUCUCAAGAUGUAUGGUUGUUCACAGCCUUCUUCAGAUGAUACAAGUCCAAGAAACACAGUGGUUGAAUUAAAGCAGAAGAUCAAAGACCUGAAAGAAGAGAAUGCUAAACUGAAGGAGUUGGUUGUUCAAGAUGUGCAGGAGCUCCUAAGGACUAUGAAGGAUAUAAUUGAUUUGGCUGCACCUCCUAAGAGAUCCAGGUUGGAGCAUUCCACACCACCACUGCCCCCCCAGAGUUCUCCGCAGUCCAGGCACAGUUCUUCAUCUGCCAGUUCACUGCAGUCCCUCCCCAGAUCUGCACCAUCCAGUGUCACAUCACUAAUGGACUCCAAGUCUUCGAAGGUGGAGAUCCAUCCUGGGACUGGAGUCAUGAUUGAGAAAAUGGCGUGGGCCUAUGCCCUGAAUGCAAAUUCUGCGACAGUAUUUGUGAGGCAUGUGCUGACGGCAUUCUUCCCAGUGGAGAUACUGUUGGUGAGCAAUCUUCGAGGGGGCAAACGAGGCGGAGGACAUGCUCGUCAACCACUGGACAAAAAUAAAUUAGAUGCCAUUUACAGUACGUUUUCAGCUUUUCAUGUUAUGUGUUAUGCCAGUAGACCAAUGCUGUUAUUGUAUUUCCUCACUUCAGACAAGGAACUUAAAAGAAGAAAGAGUCAUUAUAUCAUACCAACAUUUUACGGUGACAGAUUUUAAUGCCAGUUGUGUUGAAUUCUAUGGGAGAUGCAUUUAGAACAUAACAACCCAACAUAUUUACGUUGUUGUUAUUAAAGAAAUGCUGAAUACCAUUAAUACCAAAUGGAGAAAUGUAAUUUAUAGAAUACUAUCUGGUUUUCCUUUUUUCCUUUUCCUUGUACAGGGGUAGUAUUGGUCUUCUCAUGACAUGCCAUUGUAGGCUAUCCUCUGCUGUUUUAAGUGCCCUUAACACAUUUAGUAAGCAUUUUGUCGUUUGAAGUAUAUUUUUUUAUUUGAUAGAGACAUUUGGGCAUCAGAGUUCAUACAACAUGAUAUUUUUCAUUUUAGUAAACUUCUCCAUGCAAAUCCCAUACACUAUAUUGGAUGAUUGAUAGAUAGAUAGAUGAUAGAUGGUGGAUAAGUCAGUGGAAAUAAUUGUGGCAGUGGUAAAUACUAGUUAUAUCAGUGAUUAAGUAAGUGAUUGUGCGAAAUUGGGUUGAUUUGUGUUUUUCCAUUGUAAAACAACCUAACAAGUUGGCUUCAUAUAUAACAGCUUUGCAUCUACAAAACGGGGACACACAGGGGUUUGGGAUCUGGCUUUGGGUGAGACAGUAAUGACACAAAAAAUACAGGAAUGCUGAUGCAACACCACAAACGUUAUCCACCUCGAAUUAAGUUCAUUGUUGUCAUAAUGACAAGCUUAUUUGUAGCCAAGCUUUUUUAGGGAGAAAUUGUUAUAAGUGGGCUGGUUUUUGAUCUCCCUAAUUUUGCACAUGAAUGUUCUGAAGAAAUUUUUGGAAUUUCCAAACUUGGUGGUUUCGUUUACUCUGUAAAGAGAUGUGAUUUAUUGACAUACAGAGC